AAUUGCCAGUUUUAACUGGUUUCACUAACUUGAACACCUAUUCAUUAAAAAAUUUUCUAAAUAUUCAAACCAAAUAUUGAGUUGCCAUUUUACCAACUAUCCAUUUAUGCAAUGAGAAAAUGCACAAGAAAAUAUGUAUUAUUGGUGCUGGAGCAGCGGGAUUAGUAUCUGCAAAACAUGCUAUUAAACAAGGUUAUCAGGUUGAUAUAUUUGAGCAAACUGAUCAAGUUGGAGGAACAUGGGUUUAUUCAGAAAAGACUGGGUGUCAUUCAAGUUUAUAUAAAGUUAUGAAAACGAAUCUACCAAAAGAAGCCAUGUUGUUCCAGGAUGAACCAUUUCGAGAUGAACUCCCAUCUUUCAUGAGCCACGAGCAUGUACUUGAGUAUUUGAAUGAGUUUUCUAAAGAUUUUCCAAUUCAAUUCUCAUCCACCGUAAACGAAGUAAAGCGUGAAAAUGAUUUGUGGAAGGUGUUAAUCGAAUCAAACUCCGAAACUAUCACUCGUUUUUACGAUGUCGUUUUCGUGUGCAAUGGACAUUUCUUUGAACCAUUAAAUCCAUAUCAGAACUCAUAUUUCAAAGGAAAACUUAUUCAUAGUCAUGACUAUAGAAGAGCAGAACAUUAUACUGGAAAGAAUGUGGUCAUUGUGGGUGCAGGACCAUCUGGAAUUGACAUCACACUACAAAUUGCUCAAACUGCAAAUCAUGUAACACUAAUAAGCAAAAAGGCGACAUAUCCGGUGCUUCCAGAAUCAGUUCAACAAAUGGCAACCAACGUAAAAAGCGUGGAUGAACAUGGCGUAGUUACUGAUGAAGGAGAUCAUGUUCCUGCUGAUGUCAUAAUUGUUUGCACCGGAUAUGUUUUCAAGUUUCCAUUUCUGGACUCUUCACUAAUUCAAUUGAAAUAUAAUGAUCGUAUGGUAUCUCCACUUUAUGAACAUCUUUGCCAUGUUGAUUAUCCAACAACACUAUUCUUCAUUGGCCUUCCUCUCGGAACAAUUACCUUUCCGUUGUUCGAAGUGCAAGUUAAAUACGCGCUCUCACUGAUCGCCGGAAAGGGAAAACUGCCGUCGGAUGAUGUUGAGAUUCGGAAUUUUGAAGAUGCACGUCUUCAAGGUCUUCUGAAUCCCGCAUCAUUUCAUGUUAUAAUAGAAGAACAAUGGGAGUAUAUGAAAAAAUUGGCAAAAAUGGGAGGAUUUGAAGAAUGGAAUUAUAUGGAAACAAUUAAAAAGUUAUAUGGCUAUAUUAUGACUGAGAGGAAGAAAAAUGUGAUUGGAUACAAAAUGGUUAAUUUUGAAUUGACAACGGAUUCAUCGGAUUUCAAAGUUGUUGAUAUAUAGUUAAUAUGCUUUGAAAUUGUUGUUUAGACUUGAAUUAAUUUUUUAUUAUUUUUAAAAUCAAAAUUAUGCAGGAUUGGGAAAG